CCCCACCUCCACCACCGUUCGUCAACAAUGACUCGAACCGAGAAUUUGGCAACGCUGAGGAUUGUCGUCGUCAUCGUCCUGGGCACCAUGUGCAAUGUUGUCUUCGGGAACGACUUUGCCUCGCCGCGACCAUGCGGUUCUUCUAAUCCAAGCUGGCAGACGGAUCUGGGUGCAUCUCCUCCGGAUAACAUGGCCAUUGUUGUCCCUCUGGAUGGCUCAGCCUUUGACCAAGAGCCAUGGCUCAACAACCCGCUCCCGCCUCCAUGCGACAAGCAAGGCUACAACAAGGGGCCAUACCAUUGGAUUCGUCUGCAUGGCGAUGGUCAAACGUACUCGUUCAACACCUGUUCGGCCGUCACGGAUGUCGACACUGUCCUGAUGGCUUUCGAGUCGGAGAACGCCGCUAUGAGUGGCGGCUGUCUUCGGUGCAAGGCAAGGCAGAUCGGCACUGCUGGCGAAUGUACGUUUGGCGCGAUGGAGACAAUCACCUUUACUGCCAAACCUGGCAACUCGUACUACGUCCUCGUCGCCAUUCGUGGCUUCCAGCCACCGAUGCCGAGCAUGCGCUCGGUCGAGGUCACUCUCUCGGUCACUCCCCCGCCGCCAGCUGGCUGGCUCUGCGCGCCGACCGAGUACAAUGACGGCAUCACCUGCGACUGCGGGUGCGGCAUUGUCGAUCCGGACUGUGCCUCGACCUUUGAGACGGACGAGUACAACGACCACUGCCACGAGCGCUCCAACUCGGCCGCCUCGUGCUGCAACAUCGGGGUUGGCGACGAAGUCUUGCACACGUGCAACACCAACUGCCACGACCCACAAGAGUGCUCCAUGGACCCCGACCCCGAUGGCCACACUUAUGUCCCACCGCCGCACGACUACGCCACUACGACCUGCUCCGGCCCGCCGACCGUCCUCGCCAACCCCGAUGGCAGUCUCGCUCUGCCCUCGACCGGCUACGACUGCUACGUCAAGAACAUGAACUGCAAGCACGUCAUCGACGUGCCCGGCGCCUCGUCCAUCGUCCUUGCCUUUGAUUAUGUCUGGCUCGAGCCACAGUACGACUCAGUCACCAUCUACGAGGGCGCGUAUGUCGACAGCACCAAGAAGCUCUUCACCUACGACGUCGCCAAUGCCGGCCUGCCGCCCUACACCUCAACCUCGACACCGUACGGCCCCGACUUUAACUCGGUGCCUCAGUUUGUCGAAAUUCCAGGCUCAAAAGCCAUGAUUACCUUUGUCUCGGACGAUUCGCAUCAGAACGCGGGCUUUAGCCUGCAGUACUGCGCUCAUGGCGUAUCGAGCUCGCCGUUGUGCGUCACCACGUCGUGCACACCUGGCUCGUGCAACGGCCACGGCGCGUGCGCCAACGGUGUCUGCAAUUGCUACGCCGGCUACUCGGGACCCAACUGCAACAGCCAGACGUGCGGCUCGCGGACGAGCUGCUCGUCAUGCAACGAGGACUCUUCGUGCCAUUGGUGCGGUAGCGGCAUUGCAGGCGAUGGAAAGAGCGUGUGCCUCGACAGCUCCGAUUUCUCCUGUUCAGACCCGGCCAUCACCACGUGCUCAUGUAGCAUGAUCGAAGACUGUAGCUCCUGCACCGCCAAUGUGGACUGUGGCUGGUGCUUUGACCAGGGCUUGGGCGAGUGUGUCGACGGCUCGAGGCUCAAGCCCAAGGACACUUCGUGCAUCGACUACUUGUACCAGCAAGACUCUGCUACCAACGCUGUGUGUCCGGCCCCGUGUACCGACGAGUGCUCCAACCAGGGCCUCUGCGAGUGCUCGUCAGCCUCGUGCGCCUGCCUCUGCUACUUUUCGUUUGCCGGCGAUACCUGUGCUGUCGGCGUCUCCAACACCUGGCAAGUCAUCGAGGCCGACCUUUUGCCGCAAUGCACCGACGACGAGCUUGUCGCGGACAUGGUGCCACUUGCUGGCCACACCGGUGCCACCAUGAUCCUUGACGACGCUGCUUACACCGUCAUUUAUGGAGGCGUCACCCGUGACUGCACAAACCCCGGCCUGGUGCGGACAACCAAUUUCACCUACAUCAACCGCCAGUCACAGGGCGACGGCCAGGAUGCAACGUCCUCGCCCUGGGCCGCCUUUGCCGUUGUCGGCGAGUUUCCGGCUUCGCGCGCGUACCACGCCGCCACCCUCGUCCCACAGCCGUCGGCUCAGGCCCCGUACGCCAUGUACAUGAUGGGCGGCAAGUCGUCUCCCGAGAUGGACAAGGGCGUGGGUACGAUCCACGACGAUCUGUGGAAGUUUGUCCUUCCAGGGCGGUGGCAGCUAGUGUGUCCCGGCUCAGCAUGUCUCUCUCUCGCCAUGCCGUCGCCGCGGUUUGGCCAUGCGCUCCUGUACUCGGCCGCCAGCGGCGCUGACGUCUUGUACGUCUACGGUGGACUCGACGCCCUUGACGUCCCUCAGACCGGGCUCUACGCCUUUGAUCUCACCACCCAGACCUGGUCCACACCUAGCACUGAUGGUGAGCCGAGCGAAGGUCGCGCCUUUGCUGCCGCCGCCGCCACGACUGACAGGCUUCUCUUCGUCGGUGGUCUUGUCACUGCCGACCCGUCUGACCCGCCGCCACCGGCUGGCCCGUGGUCAUCGACGACACUCGCCGUCACGAACGCGGUGUGGAGUUUCAACCCCAGCAGCCUCGCCUGGGAGCAGCUGACGCUGACUGGCAGCGGCUCGGCUGGCAGCGCCUUUCCGGCCAUUGCCCGCGCCACCGCCAUUUACGACGACGUGGCCAAGCUCGUCUACGUCACCGGCGGCAUGGAUGCAUCCGGCAACGCCCUCGGCGACCUGCUGGUCAUCGACGUCGCUGCCGCCACCUUUGCUGUUGUCGCGUACAACACCCACGCCACCGGCAAGGUUCCCUCGCCGCGCUUUGACGCUGCGUCUGUGCUUGUCUCGUCGGCCGGCGACGUCAUUGUCACCGGCGGCUUUGACCACGCCGCCGUCGCCAACGACGUCAUGCGUUUCCACGUUCCGGCGUACAUCUCCCGCGCGAGCCCCGAGGCACUCGACCCGCGCGGCUCUGCAAGCCCGGUCGUGUUGCAUGGCUCGUUUGGGCGGCUUGUCCAACUGGUAGCAAGCCUCACCGCGUCGACCGCUGGCGGUGGCGGCUCUUCCGCCACCUUUGAUCCGACAGCCUACGACUUUAGCCGCGACGACGUCCCACCCGAACUUCUCCGCUGCGCCUUUGCGUCGUCGGGCAAGUUUGUUGGCUACAGUCCUACCGACCCGGGCGAGGUGCCCGACGGCUACAUCGAGACCAACGUGCUCCGGCUGACUGCCUCCGAAGUCCACUGCGCUGUCCCGUCGCACCCGUCGGGCGCCGUCGACAUCACCCUCACUGUUCUCAGCAACGUGGUCAUUCCCGGCGACCCGCCCGAGACGUACCGGUUCUUCCUUGGUACGUCGGCGACUGUCACCUAUGAGCCGUGCCCGCGUGGGACGGCCCAGGCCAAGCCGGCGUGGUCGUGGAGCCCAGGCAUGGGCACCGACUCAAGCAGCACCUUGCUCCAAGCCUGCCCGCCCUGCGCCAUCGGCCUGUUCUCGGACACGCUUGACGCGGAUGAGUGCCGGACGUGCACGCCAGGAACGAUUGCGCCGGUUACCGGCGCGGCGAGUUGCACGCCGUGCGAGCCGGGAACCAUGUCGAGCAACCCACGCGACGGGGCGUGCACCCCUUGUCCGGCGGGAUGGUACGCGGCCAAGGCCGGGCUCUCCGAGUGCUCGACGUGUCCGGUGGCCAAGUACGCGCCCGAGGCUGGGCUUGCGACGUGCCUCUCGUGCCCAACCAACUCGUCGAUGCCGCCGCUCGACGACGGGCCGCGUGUCUCGAUUGACAACUGCACCUGCGACAACGGGUUCUACGGUGACCCGGUUGACGGCGGGUGUGUGGCGUGCAGCAAGGCCAUGGUCUGCGUGUGGGGCGAGAACCGAUACCCCAAGGCCGCGCCCGGGUACUGGCGGGCGAGCGGCGACUCGGCCAUUAUGUUCGAGUGCGUGCCUGCCGAGGCUUGCAAGGCUGACCUCACCUGCUCUACCGGCUACAUUGGACGGAUGUGCUCCGAAUGCGCGCCGGGCUACUACAAGCUCAAUCAGUACUGCCAAAAGUGCCCGUCGACCGACUCGAGCUGGAAGCUGGUCACCGCCGGCGUCAUCGGCAUUGUCGCCGUUCUCGGCCUUGUGCACCUGGCCAAGCCGUCGUCGACUGGGGCGCAAAAGGGCGCGCGCGGCGGGAGCAAGGCUGCGGGCUCGUCGUCGUCGUCGUCGUCGGCCAUUGCUGCGCCGUCGAUCGCCAUCUCGUUCUUCCAGAUGACGGCCGUCUUUGCCUCGUUUGGCAUCCCGUGGCCCAAGGCUGUGGUGGACAUGUUCUCGGUCGUCUCGCUCGUCAACAUCAACGUGGAGCUCCUCUCGCCCGAGUGCUCAAUGGAAGUUUCGUUCUACGAUAAGUGGCAGGCCAUGAUGCUUCUCCCCGUCGUUGUCCUUAUCUUCUACCUCUUUGCACUGGGAGUCGUUCUCGCAUGGGUGAGCUACAGGCACUCGGAGGCAAGCCGCGCCGCCGCCGCCGCUGCGGCGUCCGCUGCUACCGACGGCGAUGACGUACCGUCCGAGUGGUCACAGAUGAAUGGCGGCGAGAAGCGGCGAUUUGUGUGCCAGCUAUUCCUCGCCGGCUUCCUCCUCUUCCUCACCCUCGCCUACAUUGUGCUCGUCGAUGUCACACUGCAGUUCUUUGACUGCACCAAGCAGGGUGACGGGACUUCGUCGCUGGAUGCCGAUCCAUCGCUCUACUGCUAUGACGACGAGUGGUUCAAGCACCUCCCGCUGGGCGUUGCUGGCGUUGUGGUGUACGUUGUCGGCGUCCCCGGAGCGCUCUUUGUCCUCCUCUACGUCUUGCGGGUCAAGCUCGGCGACGAUCUGCCGUCGGCGGCAGCCACCAAUUUUUUCGUCAAGCGCUUCCAGACCAAGUACUUUUACUGGGAGGUGACCAUCAUGCUCCGCAAGCUCGCCAUUGUUGUUGCCGCCAAGUUCUUCACCGCCCACUUUAUCCUCCAGUCGAUCCUGGCCGUCCUCAUCAUCUUUGCCUCGGUCCUGGUCACCGCCGGCACCCGCCCGUUCCAGCGGCGGAAGUACAACAUGCUCGAGAUUGUCCUCCUCAUCUCGUCGUUUAUGGUCAUCUUUGCCGGCAUUCUCUUUGCCAAUGACGAGGUCUCCGGCUCGACCCGCCAGGGCAUCACCGUGGCGGUCAUUACGGUCAUGAUCAUCUCAUCCGUUGUCAUUGCCAUUGUCAUCGCCACCGAGGUCAAGGCCAAGAUUACCUCGCUCUGCGCUACCUCGGUUGCGCCAAAGGCCGCCACCGACGACCGAGGCGAGGAACUGGAGGUCCUCACCUCGCUCUUGCCUCAUGACGGACCCCUGCUUGCGUCCAAGAUCGGCGCUACGCUGGAGCCCGAAGAGCAGUCGACGCUCGUUGCGCUGCUCGAAGCUGUGUACCGGACCGACGAGGAGCCGCCGGCGGACAAGAGGCUCGGCGUUGACGCAGGGCGCACUAGCGUGGCAUCGGUGCGGGCACGGAGCCACAAGCGGGCGCAGUCCGGGACCAAACGGCUAAUGUCGCUGCCGUCGCACGUCGACCUCGACGUUGAUGUCUACUCGGCCGAGACGCUCGAAGACUCGCUGCCGGCGAUCGAUCCCAGCGACUACGACGCGCUUGAACAGGGCCAGCUAUUUGACGAGAACCAGCAGGCGUGGAGCGACAACGAGUAAAAACCAAGUAUUCAUUG